ACAUUGUAUUUUACAAUAUGUUCUCUUUCUAGAAAGAAACCAAAAUUUGAAAACCCACUUCGCUAUAAAGCUUGUGUUCGCGGAGAAAUUAAGCGAAUCAACCCAAAUUGUAUCUGCAAUUUCCAGCCGUUUGCUUCGCACAUACUUGUGAAACGAUGUCCGAAAAAUUGGCCCCUGAUAAACGCCACAGCUUUAUUCACAACGGUCAGAAGGUAUUUGAAUGGGAUCAGACUCUAGAAGAAGUCAAUAUUUAUAUCACUCUUCCUCCGAAUGUGCCUACCAAGCUGUUUUACUGCAAAAUUCAGUCGAACCAUUUGGAGGUUGGAAUCAAGGGAAGUCCUCCUUACCUUAAUCAUGAUCUUACUUGUCCAGUAAAAGUGGACUCGUCAAUAUGGACUUUGGAAGAUGAUAUAAUGCAUGUUACGUUACAAAAAAGGAACAAAGGUCAAACAUGGUCAUCGCCUAUACAUGGUCAAGGUGAGCUUGAUCCUUAUUCUGUGGACCAGGAGCAACGUCGGCUCAUGCUUCAGCGCUUUCAGGAGGAGAACCCAGGAUUCGACUUCUCUCAGGCUGAGUUUUCUGGAAAUUGCCCUGACCCUAAGACAUUUAUGGGGGGUGUAAAAUAUUGAGGUCUAGAUUCUUUCCAGAAUUUAGCUGGCAUUUCUAUUUUGAAGAAGUGUUCAAAUCAAUAUAAGAACAUCUAUUGAUUUUUUCUAAUUGGGAGAUAGGAUAAAAGUACCAGAAUAUAAUUCUCACAACGGAUCAACAGGUAAUAUGUGGAUGUAUCAUACUUGUCAAACUAUUUAUUCAUGUGUGUUUUAAGAAUGUCUCUAAUUUACUAAUAAUAUGAUUGCCAUAUACAUUACUGUA